AUGGAAUUGGAAUAUAAUCGUAUGUGCAUUGUCGGUGGUGGUGGAUAUUUUGGACAGCAUAUUGCUCGAGAAUUACAAGAACAAGGCUUUCAUACUGUAAUUCUUGAUAUUAGCUUUAGUGAUGUACCGAUUGUGAAAUUAAAUGAAUCUCUCACAACUCGAAUAAAGGGUUCAUUAUUGGAUACAAAUGUUCUGGAUCGUGCAUUAAACGGUUGCGUCGCGUGCUUUCAUAUUGCCGCUUACGGUAUGACCGGUGGCGCUUCUCUGGAGAAGGAAAUGAUAUAUUUAAUUAAUGUUACUGGCACUAAACAAGUAUUAGAGCGUUGUCGUAUCAAUGGUGUGCAAAGAUUUAUAUUUGCAAGUUCUGUGGCUGUCAUUUUUACGGAUGAGGAACUGCAUAAUGCUGAUGAAUUGACCCCGUAUCCACAUCCUUCUAAGUAUUAUUCAUAUUAUGCAGCAUCUAAAGCAGUAGCUGAGAAAUUUGUAGUAGACAGUAACUGUGACACACUAAAAACAUGCGCUCUUCGGUACCGUGGAAUAUACGGUCCGGCGGAACCACGUACGGUAAAAAGGACAGUGGAUAUAUGCAAACGUGGUUUAAUUCUUGCAACUUUUCAUAAAUUUCGUGAAAGUACCACUCAGUAUAGUGGAAUUGGAAAUAGUAUUAGGGCUAUGAGAUUAGCGGAAGAUGCGUUAAGACGAGGUAUCGCAUGCGGAAAAGUGUAUAAUAUUGUUGAUGGUGGUCCACCUGUUGGAUCAUUCAGUUUUUGGUUUCCGCUUAUUCGUG